UGCUCCUCGCCCUCCCCAAAUCCCUCGCCACGAUGGCCCGCCUCCUCCUCCCCCUCCCCUUCGCCGCCGCCGCCGUCGCCUCCGCCUCCGCCUCCUCGCUCCACCUCGCCGCCUCCCGCCUCCGUGUCCCCGCGGUCUCCGUCGCGCGGCGCGAGGGCCUCUUCGGGGGAAGGGUGGUAGGAGGAGCGGUGAGGGCGCCCGCGAGGCUGGCGAGGCGUGGGCUGUGCGCCGGCGCGGAGCCCGGCGGCUCGGCCGGCACGGUGGUCGGCCAGGAGGAGGCCAUGGAGUGGGUCAAGAAGGACCGGAGGCGCCUGCUCCACGUCGUCUACCGCGUCGGCGAUCUCGACAAGACGAUCAAGUUCUACACGGAGUGCCUGGGCAUGAAACUGCUGCGGAAACGGGACAUCCCGGAGGAGAGGUACACCAAUGCCUUUCUGGGGUACGGGCCUGAGGACUCGCAUUUUGUUGUGGAGCUCACUUACAAUUAUGGUGUGGAGAGCUAUGACAUUGGGACUGGUUUCGGCCAUUUCGGGAUUGCUGUUGAGGAUGUUGCAAAAACAGUGGACCUUAUUAAAGCAAAAGGAGGAACAGUAACAAGGGAGCCAGGUCCUGUCAAAGGUGGGAAAUCAGUAAUUGCCUUUAUUGAGGAUCCUGAUGGUUACAAAUUUGAGCUUAUAGAAAGAGGUCCUACUCCCGAGCCUUUGUGCCAGGUAAUGCUUCGAGUGGGAGAUCUUGAUCGUGCUAUAAAUUUCUAUGAGAAGGCAUUUGGCAUGGAACUUCUUCGCAAGCGAGAUAAUCCUGAGUACAAGUAUACAAUUGCAAUGAUGGGAUAUGGUCCAGAAGAUAAAAAUGCUGUAUUGGAGUUGACAUACAACUAUGGGGUCAAGGAAUAUGACAAGGGAAAUGCCUAUGCACAGAUUGCUAUUAGUACUGAUGAUGUCUACAAGACUGCAGAAGUAAUUCGACUAAAUGGUGGACAAAUUACUCGUGAACCCGGUCCAUUACCUGGCAUUAACACCAAGAUAACUGCAUGCACAGAUCCAGAUGGCUGGAAAACAGUGUUUGUUGAUAACAUAGAUUUUCUCAAGGAGUUGGAAGAAUGAGCUUUGUGGAAGAUCUCAACUUGGUACAGCAGGCUUCAGAGAGUUUUUCCCUGUGUGUUCCAAGCAUGACCUGCAGAAUCUUUGUAAAAGCCAGCAAGCCACCACCUCAAACUGAGGUUUGUAGAUAGAUGGUCCAAUCUACGGCGUCACAAUUGAUAGUUGAUAGAGCAUUAGAUUCACCUUCUGGAGCGAUGUAGAUGCGCAACCCGUUUUUGUCAGUAAAAUCAUAUGUACAAUUUUCCACAGAAGACAGAAUAUUUUCGUUAA